AUGCUUAUAACUGCACUCCUCUGUAUUUUCGUUGGCCUUGUAAGUUCUCAAUCAUGGAAUAAAAAUCAUUGUGGCAGACGUCCACUGGUGUCUCUUAGUGAUGAUGAUAAAAUUGUUGGUGGUACAGAAUCGGAUCGUGGUGAUUGGCCAUGGUCGUGUUCUAUGCGUAAACCAACGAGUCACAUUUGUGGUGGCUCACUUAUUAAUGGUCAAUGGAUUGUAACUGCAGCCCAUUGUGUAAGCACUGGCAGUCUUGCAAGUUCAUACAAAUGGCAUUGUGGUCUCCAUGAACGAAACAAACAUGUAAGAAGAAAAUAA